UGGGUGGGGAGCAGUCCUUGGUGGCAGUCCAUUGUGUGCUACCGCUGAGGCGUGUGCCGUGUGCCCGGCGCAGACCAGGAUGCCGUCGAGGACCUGACGAGGUCGGCGUCGUAGCCACCGCGAGAGAGUGCGACGAUGACGGCACCCGUGGGGAUGCGCGCCUUACUGCUCGCGGCCGCCGUGGCGGCGAUCCAGGUCGCCGACGCGCUCAGCUCCACGCCGAUGACGACCGCUCGCGCGUGGAUCACGCUGGCGGGGGCCGCCACCCGGGACGCGCCCUCGAAGUCGCCGGCGGACUACCCGCUGGACAGCAUCUUCAAGCUGGCCAGCAACAACUCGGGCGUGGUCGUCGACACGCGCCUCAGCUCCAUCAUGGACCACGCCGUCGAGGUCGACGACGGGGACGCGGCGGACGAGGCCGUCCUGGCCCACGUCGCGACCGAGGCGGCGCUGCGGGGCGGGCCGUGCGCCGUGGCGCUGCUGCGCGCGCUGCCCGAUAGCAAGCUGGCCACGCUCAUGGUGCUGGGCGCCAUCACGCUCGCGGCCAAGGGGGCGCUCCAGGCGCCCACGGCCGUCGUCGUGCAGGGCCUGCUCCGAGCCCGCCGGCUGCUCCCCGGCUACAAGGUGGUGCGGGAGCACGGCCAUACUCGCGUCGUUGAAGUAUUUCGGACCUCGCCAUACGAGUGGGCGUCCUUGUUCGAGAACUGACGACUGAGACGACUGCUGUGCGCAACUCAAAUCGGCAGUUUUGAUCACGUUUUAUGGCCCUGGCCUCCCUCUAGGGCGGCGGUGGCGCGCCCGUCUCCCGAUCCGACUGAUGUCUCGGAGACAGCCGAACGGGUCGCCGCUUCACUGCUCCCCUCGACUGGUUGUUAUGCAUCGCAUCGCACGCAGCCCAUGACCGAGGACGCUUUUGCGCACGGGUUGUCAAAUCUGCAUACAUACAAUGGUGUAAAAGGCACUGCUGCAACAAGAACUUUUCGCAGGGGCCAUUGCUUGCUUCAAUGCCCAAAGGUCCGGCAUGAAAUCGUUAUUUCUGAGUAUGUAUUGUUUUGGUUAAUAAAUAAAAUUAACAAGGAAUGGUUAAA